GACCCUCAUUCGCCAAUCUAAUGGAGAACAAAAAGUUCUCAGAUUGCCGCAUUUUAGUGGAAAACGAGUCUUUCGAUUGCCACAAGCUUAUCUUGAGCAGUGCCUCGGAGUUUUUGAAAGAAUGUUCCUUAGCGAUUUCCAGGAAUCACAAUCUUCGGAAUAUCGUCUAAGUGACGUAAGCCCCGAUACCUUUCGUAUAUUUAUGGACUACGUUUACACCUAUGAUUGUAAAAAAUUGGAAGAGAAUACAAACGUGAUGAUAUUAAAUCUCUUCGAAUGUGGAAAUAAGUGGCUGGUGGAGUCUAUUACUGCCGAUUGCACGGCCAUCCUCACAGCUAGGGCCCCCCAGAUGGUCAUAGGUAAUCUCAUCGAGACCUUUCAGUACAGCCACAAUGCAGAAAAAAAGGAUCUCAUUGGGGUUGUCAGCUAUAAUCUGUGCCGCUUUGGAACUACUAUGAAUUGCUAUGAUGCUCUAUUUCUUACAUCAGAUGUUUUUGAAAAGUAUGUAAUUUUAUGCGAUGGUUACAUUCCCGAAGUAGAACGCUUUAAGAUGAUCGAGGCCUACGCAACCGUUAAUGGGUUGAUAGAUGCCGAAACAGUUAAGCACAAAAUCGAAAUGAUUGAUAAAAAAGGGGAUACUGACAGCGGUGUUGAUGGGACUAUUUCCACCGAAAAUAAAUCCUUAAAAGACGAUGGCGAUGAGCCAGUCUCCAUUAAUUCUAUAUUGAGAAGAAGCCUGGAUUCCUCGAGUCAAGCCUCACUCAAAGAGAAGGCGGCUUCGAGCUCGUAA